AUUUUUGCCUUGAUAUUUUUAUAUUUAUGUAUGAAUAAUUAUAGCUGUUUUCAUUUUUUCUUUGCAGAAUGUGGGACGACGAUUUUGAACCAGCUUCAACUAAUAAUAAUUCGAAUGGAGUAAAUGGUUCCCAGAAUGGAUUCUAUGUGGGAAGAGGCAGAGGAUUUGGGAAUAUGUCUUCAAUGAAUGAUGCUCUUCCUGAAAUUGGAACAAAAUCCAGUGAUAACGGCUGGGAACCCGUGAAUACUCAACCAUCAUCAGGUUGGCAAGAUGAUGGAUGGGAUGAAACUCCUUCAAACAACAAUCAGAAUUAUUCUAGCAGUAAUAAUUAUAACAGUUCAAACAGCUAUGAUUCUAAACCAAGAGAAUAUUCUAAGACCUACAAAAAUUCAUCUUAUGGUUAUUCAAAUAGCGAGUCCAGAAAUUUUGACAGAAAUACGAGUAGGUUUAACAGAGGUGGUGGAGGCGGCGGUGGCUCCAGAGCUUGCUUUAAAUGUGGUCAGGAAGGCCAUAUGUCUAGAGACUGCACAGAAAGUGGUGGUGGCGGUGGCAGAGGAGGUGGCUCCAGGGCAUGUUUCAAAUGUGGCCAAGAAGGCCACAUGUCAAGAGACUGUACAGAAAGUGGUGGUGGAGGCGGCGGUGGCUCCAGAGCUUGCUUUAAAUGUGGUCAAGAAGGCCAUAUGUCUAGAGACUGCACAGAAAGUGGUGGUGGCGGUGGAAGAGGAGGUGGCUCCAGGGCAUGUUUCAAAUGUGGUCAGGAAGGCCAUAUGUCUAGAGACUGUACAGAAAGUGGUGGUGGAGGAGGAGGCGGCGGUGGCUCCAGAGCAUGUUUCAAAUGUGGUCAGGAAGGCCAUAUGUCUAGAGACUGUACAGAAAGUGGUGGUGGUGGAGGCGGCGGUGGCUCCAGAGCUUGUUUUAAAUGUGGUCAAGAAGGCCAUAUGUCAAGAGACUGUACUGAAAGUGGUGGUGGAGGCGGCGGUGGCUCCAGAGCUUGCUUUAAAUGUGGUCAAGAAGGCCAUAUGUCUAGAGACUGUACAGAAAGUGGUGGUGGCGGCGGAGGAGGAGGAGGCUCCAGAGCAUGUUUUAAAUGUAAUGAAGAAGGCCAUCAAGCUAAAGACUGCACUAAAGAAGUACUUGGUGAAGAUGGAAAGCCAAGACCACCUCCAUAUAUACCACCUGAACCAACAGAUGAUGCAGAUACACUUUUUCAAGGAGUGCCCACAGGAAUUAAUUUUUCAAAAUAUGAUGACAUCCAUGUGGAUGUUUCAGGAAAUAAACCUCCCUCACAUAUUGACUCAUUUGAAACUUCUGGCUUGAACAGACAUCUGCUACAAAAUGUAGCUCACUCAAAAUACACAAAGCCAACACCUGUACAAAAGUAUGCUAUUCCAAUUAUACUUGGUAAAAGAGAUCUUAUGGCCUGCGCACAAACUGGAUCUGGGAAAACUGCUGCUUUCUUACUACCCAUGCUUCAUAACAUGAUUACUGAUCCAGACCUUCCAAAUAAUGCAGAUAAAAUGACACAAGAACCCUGGGCUGUCAUAGUUGCACCUACUCGAGAAUUAGUUAUUCAAAUAGGAUCAGAAGCUAGAAAGUUUGCUUAUGAUAGUGUAAUAAAAGCUGAUGUUUUGUAUGGUGGUACCUCAACUGGUUAUCAGUCGAACAGGAUUAAGAAAGGUUGUCAUCUUCUCGCUGCCACACCGGGACGGCUUUUAGAUUUUGUUGAAAAAGAAAAGGUUUCAUUUUCCCAACUUCGAUACUUGGUUUUGGAUGAAGCAGAUCGAAUGUUAGAUAUGGGUUUUGCUCCAGCUAUUCGUAAAAUGGUUGAGCAUCCCUCUAUGCCUGAAAAGGGAGCUCGUCAGACUCUCAUGUUCAGUGCUACAUUUCCCGAGGACAUCCAAAGAAUGGCUGCUGAGUUCCUUCAUGACUAUUUGUUUUUAACAGUUGGUAUGGUUGGUGCUGCUAAUGCUGAUGUGCUACAGACUUUCUUCAAAUUAGGACAAUUUGAUAAGCGUCAACAAUUGUUAGAUAUUUUAAAAAAUGUUGGUUCUGAUAGGACGUUAGUAUUUGUUGAACAAAAAAGAACUGCAGAUUUUAUUGCCUCAUUACUUUCUCAAAGUGAAAUUCCAACUACUAGUAUUCACGGUGAUAGACUACAACGUGAAAGAGAAGAAGCUUUGCGAGACUUCAGAUGUGGAAAAAUGCCAGUAUUGGUUGCCACUGCUGUUGCAGCUCGUGGUCUUGAUAUUAGGGAUGUUAGACAUGUGAUAAAUUAUGAUCUACCAAAGACAAUCGAUGAAUAUGUUCAUAGAAUUGGACGAACAGGCAGAGUUGGGAAUCUUGGUAAAGCAACCAGUUUUUAUGAUCCAGAAGCAGAUAGGGAUUUAGUGAGAUCUUUGAAGAAAAUUUUAAUUGAUGCACAACAAGAAAUUCCUGAUUGGCUAUCAGAAGAGGCUAAUAAUGCUGGGGAUUCUAGUGUACAGUAUGGAGGUAGAGGUGGAUUUGGCUCACGUGAUGUCCGUAACCAGGGACGAGGUCGUAAUAUGGACUCUAAUGCUGCAUUCGAUAAUGGUUUUGGAGGUAAUAAUCAACAGUCCUUCAGUCAGCCUGCUGAAGCUGAUGAUGAAUGUUGGGAUUAGAGAUACUGUUUAUUGACUAUAAAAAAUACUUACUCUACUCUUUGUAAUAUAUGUAAAGGAAAAAAGAUAUUUUCAGUGGAAUUUAAUUUUUGAUUUGUGCAGAAGCAUCCUGUGUAUUUGGAAGCAGACUGUUGAUUCUUUCAGAACUUUUAAUUUUGUUAUACAAGAUUAUAUAUCUUAUGAAAUGUUGUUGGCAUACUUUCAUGCUGACUUUUUAUUGUAACAAAAUGUCUGAAUAAAUCUGUACUUUAAAUGUU